AUGUGUUUGUCGACAAUAUCUCAAUUUUGUGAUAAAAUUCGUCAAGCUCAUCAACAAAAUUUAGAACAACGUAAACGAUUUGAACAAGAACAGAAACGUUUAAUAUCAUUGAAAUUAAAAGCAGAUUUAUUUGAUUCAAGAACGGCAACACCAGGCAUGAAAAAAUGUCAGCUAACAUCGGUGGCUAGAAAAAAUCGUUCAUCAGAAAGUGUAUUUGCUAACGAAUGUUUUACGCCGAUAACAUCAAAAGCAACAACACAAAAACGUAAAAUUCAUUUUAGUCGUUGUGUUAACUACAGUCGUGAUUUAUCCUAUUGUAAAUUGCAUAAUGAAGAUGAUAUAUGUCCAAUGAUAACUGAAUGCCUUGUAUGUUCAAAUAAAUUUGAGAAAAGUUCACAAUGUACUCGUUGUAGUUUAUCAACAUCACAAAAGUCUGUUGUUGGAAGAAAACGAUCAUCAUCACCGAAUGAUGAAAACGAUAACUCGAAAAGAAAGCCAAGUUUAGCUUUGAAUAUGCAGCAAUCAAUAUCACUACUCGAUUCGUCCGAUCGUACCAUGUCAUCACCAAUUUAUAAUAAUCAGUUAAAUCAUGAACAGAGUAAAAGCAAUAUGGAUGUUGAAAAGGACAUGAUUUCAAGAACAGAAUCUGUUUCAGAUAUAAAUGAUCAAGUUUCUAUGGUUGUUUAUAAUAAUUGCAACGAAUCAAGUUUAGCCUGUUCAGAUCAACCAUUUUAUUUAUCUGAAAAAUCAGUUGGUGAUAAUAGUAAUACAGGUAAUGAUAGUAAAUUAAACGAUUAUGAUAUAACUCAACCGAUAGAACCCAGUGAUUCAUCCUUCACAUUAAUUGAUUCAAAUACAUCAUCAUCAUCAUCACCAUUUUAUCUAAAUAAUCAUCAAUACGCGAUUGAUCGAGAUGCGUACUCGGAUAUUAUUCGUGUGACGAUGUCAUCUAAACAACAGCAAUUAUAUGCUGAAAAAGAUACAUAUUAUCAUUACCGUCAAACACCCACUGAUAAUAUUUUAAAUGAGUCGUCAAAAGAAGAUAAAUUGCUCUUUAUUGAUGCAGAUAGUACAGUUGAUCACCAUGACAAAGAACAUACCCCUGUGGGACUGUCUGAUACAGAAAAGGACGAAGGUUUUGAAACAUUAUCAAAUGUCAGUGAAAAUGUAAAUAAUUUUGAUGUGAAUCACAGUGACAUAGACGGUGUUAAACGAUUUUCGAAUGGUACCGAUGAAAUCACCUUGAAAGAUGAGAAAACGUUCGUUGAAAACACGAACACCCUAAGAAUAAAUAUUCCUAGUAGCAUUAUUAUUGAGAGCUUAGAAUCUAAUUCUAAUUUAAUUGAUAACAUUGAUCAUGAUCAUAAAGAAAACGAUUUGUUGACGAACAAAUGCGUGAUGGAAGAACUGAAUUCUAAUGAUUCUCUUGUAGACGAAAUGCAGAGGUUAACCGUAUCAAAAGAACAAGUAAAUGUUUCAUAUGAUGAUAUUAACUACAGUACAGAUAUUUCUCCUACGACAGUGACAAAUUCGUCAUUUUCUCGUAUAAAUCCGUUAAUUAAGAAAACUGUUGUCCUAUUAACAAGUUCCGUAUCAACAUAUAAUGCAUCGUGUAUAUCAAACUCGAAUCAAAUAAUAAUCGAUAAUCGAAUACCAUCAUCGGAAAAUUUGAGAAGCAGGCAUAUUCAGCGAUGUUCCGUUUCUCGUAGAAUAUGGAAUCAAAAUGAUCUAAAGUCUCGUGCAAAAACUGCCUCACCAUCAGCCAUACCAGUACCAGUGACCGUGAACAAUGUAAUCGAUUCAUCCGAUGAUAAAUCUGAAUCUACCUCGAUAUCGUUACAAUCUUCUGAUAGUCACUGCUCGUCAAUUAGAAGUAUAUCAUCAUCCAUACCAUCACAUAAUUGCUCAAAGUCAAAAACAAAAUUGCGUCUUUAUCAGAGCAGUAAUAGUGCCAGUGUACCAUUGGUUCCGCAUUUACCUUCACCAGUGAUAAAUAAGAGCAGUUGUCGACGAUCAUCCUCAAUAAAUCGUCGUGUGACACCACAAUCUGAUUCUACCCCACUUCAUCAUGCAUCGUCAUUUCAAAAUAUUUCUGUUAAUCAAAAAAUUUCCGCUCCACAGCAGUCAAAUUUGAUUAGACAAUCGUCUCGAUUCAACAGAAUGUUAAAUAAACACACUGAACAAAUGUUUUUUCUUAACAGCAAUGAAUUGAAUUUACCCGAGAGAAAUUCAAACGUAUUUGAACGUGUCACGUCUUCUCGACUGAAAAAAACUGAGCCAAUACGAGCAUUCGACAUUAUGAACACGAAUAUGAUCAGCAAGUCAUCAAUAACUCAGCAGAAUCAUCAUUGUUCUUCGACUGCUCUAUCAUCUCAACCAAAAGGGUUUAGAACAAUGAGUUCAAGCAGUGAAACAGAGUCUUCAACUGCAUCUCCAAGAAUAAAUGGACGUCCUCCUAUAACGAUAAAUAAUCGGAAAAACUUUAUUCGGUCAUCAACAGCUACCAAUAAUUUAUCACCAAAAGUUGCUCACAAUAUCAAUAGAUCUACUGCUUUCGAGGCUAAUUCUAUUUCGGAUUUGUUACCUCAUAGUCAAACUGAAGCAGUACGAUCGGCUCAAAUAACAACCAGUGUCUUCACUAGAAUAUCUCAAACAAAGCCUUCUUAA